CUGUCAAGCACAGAAGGUCACACGCGUGCUUUUAAACGCAGGAUCUGCUAUGUGAAAGCUGAGGAAGAAAUGUGCGGCAGUAAAUACAGACAUAGCGACUUUAUACAGUUAUCCAGUACAGUAUAAACGAUAAUUGAUGCUAAUACGAAAAAACCCAUCGUAUAAAAUGUUACAUCUAACUAACUAACUAAAGAACUGCGGUCAGAAACAGGAAGCCUAGCAGAAACAAAUAGCUAGCUUUUCAGCUAGCUUUUCUUAAAAACAUUACAUCUUCACAUAACUGCCACUAUGUUUAGGAGCCUUGUUAGAUUUCAGAGUCAGUUUGGAAAUACUCUUUUACUCGGUAAAGUGUGGCCAAGAAGUCAGCCUUUUCGGUUUGCUUCAGCCCUAGUAGAAAGAAAACGAUUUUAUCAAGAUGUCAGUAUAUCCCAAGGUGAAGGUGGUUUAUAUGAGAUAAACCUAGACAGAAAGAAACUGAAAACUCCUGGAGGGAAGCUGUUCACAGUGCCAAAUGAAGCCCUGGCCAUAGCUGUAGCAACCGAGUGGGAUGCUCAAAGGGACACACUCAAGUUCUACACGAUGCACCUGACUACACUGUGCAACACAGCUCUGGACAAUCCCACCCAACGUAACAAGGACCAAAUGAUCAAUGCUGCCCUGAAGUUCCUGGAGACUGAUACUGUCUGUUACAGAGUAGAUGAGCCCCAUGAUUUGGUUGAGCUACAAAAGAAUGAGUGGGACCCGGUGCUGCACUGGAUUGAAAACAGAUAUAAUGUCACUAUUGGCUCCUCGUCCAGUAUUUUGGGUCCUGAGAUCCCGAAGGCAACCAAAGACACAUUCCGGCAACACCUGAAUUCUUACAACUUCUGGUCCCUGACAGGGCUUGAGUAUGUGAUCACCCAGCUGAAGUCUGUUGUGCUCUCGCUGGGGAUGAUUGACAGACAUCUGAGUGUGGAACAGGCUGUGCUGCUCUCCAGACUGGAGGAGGAAUACCAGAUUCGGAGCUGGGGAAACGUGGAGUGGGCCCACGACUACGACAUGUAUGAGCUGAGGGCACGAACUGCCGCUGGAGCUCUUUUUGUUCAUUUUUCAUCCGAGAGUUCAACUGUCAAACGCAAACUUAUGCAGGACUGAGAAGGAUAAGCUCAAAGAUAAAACUCUCAGUGAGCACACAACCCAAGCACCUCAGGCUAUCCAUGCUUCUACAUCCAUGCAGACAAACACAACACAUCCUAUUUGUUCUAUUUAGCAGUGACAACUGCUCAGUCUGUGAUUUGUUAUAGAGUCAUCUCAAUCCAGUAAAACAUUGGCUGUGUUUUUGUAUUGUUUAUAUGUAGUAGCUGCCAAGUGUGACACCCUUCACCCAGUUUCCAGUCGGUUCUCAGUCAUCCGUGACAUAUUGAACACUGUGCACGUUUCAAGAGAAUGGUGACUAAUGUUGUUGUCUGUUUGGUGGUGGAAUGUGAAUUCCAUGCCUGCUUUCUCUGGGUGCUGCAUUUGAAUACUGCAAAGCACAUAUGCUAUCCUAACAGCACACUACACUGCGCUGUGUUUGGUAAAAGUACACUGCAUAUAAAAAUAUUCCCUUGCAAUUGGUGAAACAUACUGCAUUCAAAUCUGUAAUUAAGAAUGUCAUCAUUCAUGUUGUAUGUGUUUUGGCAUUUUCAUUGUGGUAAUGAGGUGCAAGAUUGAAUGGUGUACAUAGAAAGUCUAUUUGUUAGUAUCAUCUCCACUGCACAGUUCUGCUUCUACAAAAAGUUGUAUUUUAGUGGAGAAGUGCAUGGACUGCAUCCUUAUCCAGUAGAAAUUUUAUGUACAAAGCUGAAGGUUUUGUUGCUUUUACAGUUGAAAUGAAGUAAUUAAAAGAAUGGCAUUAUCUCA